UUAUGUAAUCCCUAUUGAACAUCAUGUCCUGUUUACUUUCUUUUUUAGGGGCUCAUUAAAUCAGAGGUUGGGUUUGUUGUUUAGAAGAGGAAGCAGGUGGAAACCGCUAUAAACUAAGAGCUGUAAGAGCUCAAAAGUGUCUCUCGUUACGUUGCUUCUCAGCGGAUGGGAUGUUUGUAAUGACAAGACGUUCAAGUGAGGGCUUGCUUUGAACGUGAAGGCAGGAAAUAACGCACGCAGCCCCACUCAAUGGCACAUUGUGCGCAACAGGGAAGUGAACCUCGGCUGCUUUUCUGCACUGCUGAAAGUUCUCUACCCUGCUCUCGAAGUUAACUUUCUCUACGUCAGAAAUAAGGAAAGACGAAAACCCACAUUUACAGCUUUUACAAGAAACGACGUCGGUCCUUAAAGCGAGUUCUUGAUGCAGAAGUACUAGAAAAUGAGGAUGGUCGGAGUGUAGGAGAUCUUAUGAGAAGGGAGAGAAGGAAAAGGCGACGACGAAAACUGUUUCUACACCUCGGCUUUACAGAAGAACUGCCUAAUCAUGGCCCAGUGGUUGGAGAUGAGUUAUGUCCUGACUAACAUGGACGAUGAGCGAAUCAACACGCUCUAUCCGCCAGACACCUUCCCGAUUGAAAUCAGGCAUUAUCUUUGCCAGUGGUUGGAAGAAAAAGAUUGGGAAGGUUUUAGCCCAGACCAGUCGGACAAAGAGCCAAUCGCGCAGGCUUUACUGAACGACGCUGUCCUCCUCUUAGAAUCGGUUGCUGAGCAGCAGAAUAUAGUGGAGAGGAUGAAGCUGUUGCAGAUAACAAAGAACAUGAUGACUCGGCCAGCUAUGGAGUUUGCUGUGAAGAUCAGAAACAUUUUCAGGCAGGAGAAGAUGAUACUCUGUGAGAAGCUCGCCAAUAAACGGGCAGAAGGGAAGACUCCUGACUUUGAGGAAUUGAGUUUCUUGAAGAAUACAGUGUUUCAGCUCCAGGACCGCAGAAAAAGAUUCCACAGCUGUAAAGAGGAUAUCAACUGGGAGAUGGUAAACUUUGAAGCUCUGCAAUCCGUUCAUGCAAAGACUCCAUCGGAACAUUCACUCAGAGAACUACAGAUGUUGUCAAAGAAAAUCCAGGAGCUCAAGAUAAAUCAAAGCAGUCUGGUCCGGGAAUGUUUGGGGAUGUUCACAGAGACUCUGACCAAGCUGAAACAGUGUCAGGAUAAUUUCAUCGUAAAGAUGAACGUAUGGCAGUGGGAGCAGCACAAAUCCGUUAUAGGAUAUCCUUUCUCUGAUGACCUCACCCAUCUGCAGAACUGGUCCGAACAGCUGUUUGCGGUGAACAGUAACCUUCGGCAGGAGUGGCUGCUGAUCCCUGAUCUUCCAAAGGAAAUCGGAGAAAAACUGACAGGUCUUCUUCAGGAGCUGAUUCAAAGCUCUUUUGUUGUGGAAAAACAACCCCCUCAGGUCAUUAAAACUCAGUCAAAGUUCUCCGCAGUUGUGAGAUAUCUGCUGGGGGAAUCGCUGGUGUCUGGGCAGCCUGUGACAAUGAAGGCACAAAUUAUUAAUGAACUCCAAGCCAGAAACGUGAACCUUGCAUUGUGCGACAAUGUCGGAGAACUCAUAAAUCACACAGCAAUCCUGGACAGAAACACAGCCACAAAGACCACAAACGCCAACUUCAGACACAUGUCCAUUAAAAAAAUAAAGCGAGCAGACCGGAAGGGAGCCGAAUCUGUGACAGAGGAGAAGUUUGCGCUCAUGUUUCUUGCAGAGAUUUUCAUCACAGGUCAUGAGACUCCUUUCAAGAUACAUAUAAACUCUCAGCCUGUGGUCGUCAUUGUUCACGGCAGUCAGGACAUCAAUGCCGUGGCCACCAUCAUCUGGGAUUGUGCGUUUGCUGAACCAGACCGAGUGCCCUUUGUCGUCCCGGACCGUGUGACUUGGAAGAUGAUGAUUGAAACUCUGAAUGUUAAAUUUUGCUCAGAGGUUGGGACAAAUCACAACCUGAACCCCUACAACAAGCACUUCUUGGCUCAAAAGAUUUUUGACCAGCCUGAAUAUGCAAAUGACUUGAGCGAUUCUGUGGUUACUUGGUGCCAGUUUAAUAAAGAGGUCCUCGCGGGUCGAAAUUUCACUUUCUGGCAGUGGUUUGAGGGAGCAAUGGAUCUCACCAAGAAACAUCUGAAGCCCUACUGGAGUGACGGGCUGAUUUUUGGUUUCAUUGGAAAGCAACAUGUCCACCUGAUUCUCAAAGAAUCUCCCAGCGGGACUUUCCUCCUUCGCUUCAGUGACUCAGAAAUCGGAGGCAUCACCAUCGCUUAUGUUUCUCAUGAGAAUGGGAUACCGAUGAUUCAGAACAUUCAGCCUUUCACCAGGAAAGAUCUCGAGAUCCGCUGCCUCGGCGACCGCAUACGAGACAUUAAUGAGAUCUUGUACCUCUAUCCAAAUGUGCCCAAACAUGAAGGUUUCAAGAAGUUCUACACAGAGCAACAGCCCACCAAUUCGGGCUACAUUCCCGUAAGUCUGCAGACUAAAGUUGGCACGGUACCAGAGAUCGAUGGGAGUCACAUCAGUGGUGAGCUGAGCGUGCUGAAUGUCGAAGACACCUACCCAUUAGAUACAUUACCAGACUUGAAUGGCCUCUCCAUGGACGCAAACUGCGACCCUAUUCCCCCAGAUGGCAUGGAAUACGACUUUUAUUUCAAUGAAUUUGCUAAGAACUCUACUUGAUAUUAGAGACCAAGGCAGAUGCAAAGUCAAGACUGAAGACUAACUCAUCUUUUAUCACUCAAGUGAUUGUGCUGUUUUCUUCAUUGGGAUCUACAGUUUGAUUUGAUUGUAAAUAGAAACUUUUUACAGCUAGAAUUACCCUUUUCAGGGCCUUUUAGGCCAUUUUCAAAUGGCCACACCCAUUUGAAUAUGGCUGCAGCCAUAUUCAAAUGAGAAGAAAUAACUAUGAGUUCAGUAUCGGCGCAGCACCAGUUUAAAGUGUCCAAUAGCAGGAUUUUUAGCACUACAGAAUCUGUAUGUCAAGGGCGAGAGAUUUCCUAAAUGUUGAAGUGUAAGCUAAUUUUAGUCCAAAAAAAAAAAAUUUGAAUAACAUGCAUUCUUCUCACAAAUAUUAUUCUAGAAACCUAACUUUAAAGUAACAGACAAAGGACUUUUUUAUUUUUUCUGGGAUGCAUUUCUGUGUAGCUCAAGUUUUAAAUUCUAAAGCUUUAUCCCUGUGCAUAUAUCACGGCUUGCUAAUUGCUAGCUGCUUUUGAAGAUAAGAUUAGCAUUUGCUUCUGAGCUCUCUGCUGGGUUUUUACAUAGUCUGUAGAGCAUUUUGUGAUUCAAAAACUCGAAGUCUUAAACUCACACUGUAAAGACACCUCAACUGGAUAACUAUUAUGUGCUAGCGCUCAUUUUGUGAACUCCAUAUGAGCACUAAAUUAAAAAGGUAUUCCACAUUUUGAUUGACUGCAUUAGAUCAUCUGGAUCAAAAUUUAAAGCAUUUUUGUAAGCAGAUAUUUUAAAUCUCCUCCACAUGUAGAUUAUUUUAUGCACACUGGAGUGAUUUAUUUCAGUUUAUUUCUUUAAAUUCCUCACCACACUCAUCAGCUGCCACAGUCGUCUUUACGGAUGAACGCUGUGUUAACCACAUCAGAGGCUAAUAAUGCUUAGCCAACUGUGGUAUUAACGCUAGCAUCUUAUACGAAAAGGCCAUUUCAUUGUUUUAACGCUGUACAACAUUUGAUCUAUUUUUUUUUAUUCUAAAAUACUUUAUUCACCAAUAUGUUACUAGAUUAUUCUACACUUGGCAUAGAUUCUUUUAAAACAGUAUUUGUGAAUCUCAGUCUUGUUAAGGCACUGGAUGUAUCUUCCAAUCUGAACUUAAAAGUAACACCUCAAGAUAAAAAUAUAAUUUGCUUAUGGCAACAAUUUUAAUGUUUAUCUUCAUUUUAACCGCUGUUAUAUGUGGGUAACAUGGAUUCCCUAAUUAGCACCCAAAAAUGUGUUGCUAGCUUAUGAAUCCCCACUGACAGGUAAGAGGGAAAAAAUAAGGAAAGGAAAUUGUAUAAAUAUUGAGUACAAAAAAUGUAAAAAAAAAAAUAAAAAAAAAACACACACAAAAAAACAUUGCUAAAAUCUUCAUGGAUACUUUUUACUGGUGCUGUUGCUUUAGUUAUUUUAUUUAAAUUCAACAUUAUGUGAGUCACCCUUUUCCUUUCCAGCAUUUACCUCUGAAACAGCAACACAACAAGACCAGUCCACUUUGAAUAUGGUACUUUAAAUUAGAAACCCAUCUGGAUUAAAGGGGUUUUCUUGUCUUUUGUGUUUUAUGCUUACUGGUGGACUUCUUUGAAAAACACA